AUGUAUUGCCAACUAUCACUGACAAUAUGCAUUGUGAUGACUUUGCUUUAUGAUGCGCCUGAAGCGGUGUCUGCGAAAAAAGAAGCGAGAAAAAUGAAGAAGUGUGAAGGAGAUAGCACAGACUGCAUUUUUGAUGGCGAUAUGAUUCUUACUAGUGAGCAAAUGAGAAAAAUUUUUCGUCGCGAAAAGCGCCAGGCAGCCAGAGCACGUCCUAAGCAUGAUAUUUGGGGGAAAACCGUUUAUUUCUACUUUGAUCCAUUUCAUACUAGCGACAACUUGAGGAAGGAGUUCAAUUAUGCAAGAGAGGCUUGGGAAAAGGAUACAUGCGUUAACUUUACUGAGAUUAAGCACAAGGGCGAAGGAGAGCAGCCAUUAAUUCUUGGAAAAGGCUGUGAAAGCUUUGGUCAUAUUGCUCACGAGUUGGGACAUGCCUUGGGCCUGUAUCACACAAUGAACAGACAUGACCGCGACAAGUAUAUCAAAAUCAAUGAAAAAAACAUACAGGCUGGUAAUUUGGGUCAAUUCAACAAAACGACAGUUGAUGAGAAUGAGAAUUAUGGAUUCGAGUACGACUACGGAAGCAUUAUGCAUUAUAGCCAGAGCAUUUAUACCGAAAAGAAAAAGGGACCAGCGUUUACGACUUUGGAUGAAAAAUACGAAUAUACUGUUGGAUCCGACAUGUUAUCAUUCAUCGAUUUGGCUAUGAUCAACGCUCACUAUCAUUGCCAAGGUAAUUCUUUCUGA